AUGUCGUCCAACCUGGAAGACAACAUUUACACCCCUCUGCCUCCGAAGCUGCCACCGAAGACCAAGCAGCAGGGCGAGGAUGAUCCGAUCGAGUAUGUUGUGGAGAAACGGUCUCCGCGGCACCAUAAGGUCAAGGUCAUCCAUGAGCAUCUCGAUGAUGAGGACGCUCACCCCAAGGUGGAAAGCCCCUCCCCGCCACGAAAGCGCGACAGUGGCAAGUUCUAUAUGACCGGAGCGCUCGUCGACGAUGAUCGCGAUGGCGUGCGACGGGAAUACGACCGUGUCCGACCAGAUCGGGAAGUCCAGAAGUUGCGUGAUGACUUAGAGAGGGAAGAGCGUAAGCGCCGACAGGCAGAGCUUACUGCUGCCGCCGAGAAAGAAAAGGCCGAUCGACUCAAGGCUGACCUUGAGUUUGAAAAACGCCAAAGGUCCCUGGAGAAACGUGAACGAGAGCUUGCCGACCGCGAGAAGCGGCUCAAGCAGGAGGAGAGGGAGGAAGCUCGACGACCACGUGAACGCCAGGGAGUUGUCGUCCACAACCCGCCAGCCGUUGUGCCAACUGUUUUGCCAAUCCGCGAACCCAAACGGUCAGCUUUGGAUCGGGCUCGGGAUGACUACGAGCAUCUGCGCAGUCAGCAAGCUCGAGAGGAUCGACGACCUGCGACAGGGGACAGACGUGCUCGGCGACAAAGCAUCAUCAUCGUCGACGACGAGAAUGACCGAGACCGAGACCGAAGACAACGACGGUAG